GGAACGCAGAGGAAAAAACUUUGGGGAUCCUUUUCCAGCAGGCUUUGGGUUUCUCCUGCCGCCACCGGGGAAAAAAAUAUCUCUUCUCUUCUCCACAUUUCUCCCUCGCCUUGCAGGCUUCAUCCAGCCAGGUAGAUUCGAGGCACGUUUCCCUGGGGGGGAAGCGCCAGGAAGAGUCAGAUGAAGGUUGCUCACCAUAAGCGUAUAUUGGGCGACAGCCUCAGUGUUCUUCUCCUGCCGGGAUAGAUCAGCCUGGAGAUCUCUGCAGAAAUGGCCCUGUUGAAAUGCGGCUGGCUCUGGAGACAGAGUUCCAUCCUGAGACGAUGGAAAAGGAACUGGUUCGUCUUGUGGGUCGACGGCACCCUCGUCUAUUACCACGACGACACCGGCCGCGAUAUGGAUGGCCGGAUCAACAUCAAGUUCAACUGCCGGGACGUCCGGACGGGCCGCGAGUGCCGCGACAUCCCGCCUCCUGAAGGGAGAACCCGCGAGUGUCUGAUGUGCAUCGUGCAAAGAGACGGCUCCAAAACGAUGCUGUGUGCCGAAAGCGAGGACGAUGCUGUAGCUUGGAAGAUUGCGAUUCUGGAGGCCAAAGCUACUCAGGUACACCUGUACGACCCGUACGACGACUAUUACCAGACGGUUCCCCUCGACUCCCACCAGACGAUGUACGUCAGCUCCGAAUACUACGGCAACCAGUAUGGAGCACCCGUAACGACCCACGUCAUUUUCCGCGAGGAUCCGUAUCGCGUCUCCGGAGACCAGAUGGCCUUGGGCCUGCUGGCGGGGGCUGCCUCGGGGGCGGCACUGGGCUCGUUCAUGUGGAUGCCCUGUUGGUUCUGAGCCCCCUCUUCUGCAGACCCAGCCCAGAUGCUCAGCUAAGACGCCGCUGUGACCCCCCCCCCCAGAGAGGGAGGGCCAAAGGGGGCCUGCUCUGUAGGGGAGGCCAGGGGUGGGCAGAAGCAAGAUUGGGGUCCCCCGGAAGAUCUCUGGGCCAUUUGCGGGAGGCCGGCGGCCCGUCCCUUAUCGCAAAAUCGUCUUAACAAAAGAGUUAGCAGCAGAAAGGCUUCUUUCGUCACAAGGAGGCCAUUAGCAUCCCUGAUGGGCUUGCUCAUGUGCAGGUAAGCUCAGGGGGGGGGGGUAUGGUAGGCCCUUGGCCGUGCCCAUUCCCAGCCGCCAUUCUUCAUCUAGCCCCGCCCCCUGAGCCACCAUUUUGUGCUUGGCCCCGCCCACCCGAGCCACCGGUUUGCCUCUGCUCUAACAAACCAUAGCUACCAAAUAGAAUCGAAAAUGGAUUCCACCAGCCUGGUAUCUGCCCACACCUGAUGCCGACUCCUGGCGAUACGUUACUUCUGCCAUCAAUCACAAGGGCCCGCCCCACCUUUCUCCCCUGCUGCACCCUCCCUCCCCGUUUUGCCUUGCUUGGCAUCCUCCAGCUUCUCUUACUCAACUUGGUCUUUGCGUAUUUGGGGGGCGUAGCUGCCAGCUACGUUGUCCUGCCUCCCCCCCCCCCGAACAACACCUUGGUGCCCGUUUCCCCCACCUUGAGAGGGAGAUGUUGUUUCUAACACCCUGGAAAUGGAAAAUGAUUUCCCAGCUGCAGCAGGGCGCUUGUGGGAAAGGGCAGAAUACACCUCCUCCCCCCCCCCCAGCAUUUUGACGCCUCCACAGCAGGCUGAAAUUCAGCAGGUCAAGCCUUUCCGCAACAAUGGGGAGUGACUGCACCUGCUGAAUUACUGCUUCUCCAAGGGACAGAGCCCUGCGGAGAAGGAAGCCGCGACCCUCCAGGUUACAGAUGUCAACUUUCAGCUUGACCUUAAAUAUUCCAGUGAAACGAGCAGCCCUAGAUGGCUCCUGGGGGGGGGGGUCGUUUCAGGUUGCUGGUUGUAAUAAAGGUGGGUUGCCAUCUCUCCCAGACACUUGGGAGGUGUUGUGGCUGCUCUCACCGAGAUCAUGGCCUUGGGGCUUUGGCUAAUUUCCGGGAUGGUAGCCGUUUUAAGUCGCCUGGCAACAGGGCAGCUGUAGCUCAGGGUACGCAGAAGGUCCACGGUUCAAUUCCCAAUGGCAUCUUCGGGUUUCCUGCCAUAAAUCCAGCAGAGCUACUGCCUGCCCGUGUAGGCAACACUGAGCUCAGUGAACCAACGGUCUGACUCUGUAGGAAGCGGGCUUCCUAAAAGUCACAGGACACUUUAGAAAACUGUCAAAUUUAUUAUGGCACAAGCUUUUCAUGCAAUGAAGUCUAGUCCGUGGAAGCGUCUGCUGUGAUAAGGGGAUCACCACACAAUGAUCCAGAAGUUAAGUCCCACUGAGUUCAAAGGGGGCUGGUGUCCCCGAUAUGUCUGUUGCUUUUGCAGGUCACAGUGGUGGGUUUGCGCUUUUUUGUUUAUAGAAGUGUAAACAACUGCAGCGGGGGUGGGGGAGAGAUAGGAAGAAGGGAGUUUUCCUCCCUCUGUCGUAACACUAGAACUCGUGGCCAUCCAACGAAGCUGAAGGUUGGAAGAGGCAGGGCAAAGGAAAUGACUUCUUCGCGCAGCACGGAGUUAAAACUGUGGAACUCCCUGCUACAGGAAGCAGUGGUGGCCACCAGCUUGGCUUUGGAAGGGGACCAGGCAAACGCACGGAGGAGAAAGCUGUGCUUAAGCUCUGCUCUGAACACUGGUUGCUUGUGGGCGUUCCCAUUGGGACGUCUUCUUGGCCGCUGUGAGACGGGGGUGCUGUCUAGACAAGCCUUUGGCCUGUUCCCUAGAAUCAUAGGAUUGUAGUCAUCUGGUCCCUGCAGUGCGGGAAUCGCAGCAGGACUCUCCUCGUGCCCUUUGCCCAUUUGGUGUGAAAUUUUUCACGGUCGCCCCACCAGAUGGUUGCCCAGCCUGAGCAUGAAAAGCUCGGAAGCAAUAGUUUAAAACAUCCCCAAACAAAAAUAAAAUAUGUUUUAAACUCUUGCUUCAGGCAUCCCCAAACUGCGGCCCUCCAGAUGUUUUGGCCUACAACUCCCAUGAUUCCUAGCUAACAGGACCAGUGGUCAGGGAUGAUGGGAAUUGUAGUCCAAAACAUCUGGAGGGCCGCAGUUUGGGGAUGCAUGGUUUAAAAGCUGCAAUCUGCGUGUGCAGAGGUGUGCUGAGAAGGAACAGUGUCAGAACCACACACACCAGGUUGCCCCUAAUAACACCCUGCCCUAGAGCAGUAGCUUGGCAAGGCUGAAUGGCAGAAAUGCAGUGCUUGUGUUUUAGCAAGUGAAAGGCAGAUUUUUGUGAGGCUGCUAGCAACAUGGCCUGGCCCUUGAGCAAAUGCUUAAAAAUAAAAAUGGGUGGGAAGCAGUAGAUGCAAGCAGCAGAAAUGAGCAAGAGCAAGCUCUCCCAAGUGCCACAAUACUAAAAUGGUAGCAAUCUUUUUUCUUGGCCCUUUCAGAACUUUUCCUCUCUGCAACUUGAAAGCACAAUGGUGUGACCAAACCACAACCAAUUGCACUUCACUGCUAGCAAUGCAAAUAUACAGCCUCUCUUCUUCUUUUGACUGUUUCCUUUUCAAAGUUAUCUAUUGACCAUUCCCCCCGCCGCCGCCCCAGAAAUUCCCAAAGCAGCAUACAAAAUUAAAAGAAAAAGAAUCUCAUCUCCCCUCCCUAUGGAUCAAUAACAUUACUGUAAUUAAAACAACUUCCUUUAUUACAACUAUUCCAGGGGGUUGCACUGCCAGCUAGCUUCCUUCCCCCUCCAUAGUCUCAGCUUUGAACUCAGCAGGGAGGAUGGGGAAUAUGUGAGAAUGAGUUGGCUCUGGCGCCACCUACUGUUCAGCUCCCUGCCUUCUGCCCUACCGGUUGACACUACUCCUAGAAUCCCAGAAUUGUAGAGUUAGAAGGGACCUGGUGCAAUGCCUUGCAAUGCAGGUAUUUCAACUGGGAGGCUGGAAGUGGGGUUUGUGAGCAUCGCUUGUCGUCCUGCUGUUCAUCCCUAGGUGGUGAGCCUUUACCAGGGCACGCACACCUGUUUGCUUCUGCUCCUGUUCAUUGUAGUAGCUCAAAGUUCUCUUGGGGGCGUUCUUACAUUCUGGGGCAGAACUGCAGGCUGCAUCUAGUUCUAGGAUUCCACGAACACACAUUGCAUCGACUGACAAAGCAGAAUGUGAAACACUGUCUGCAAAGCAAGACAUUUAGACUUCCAGCUGCUCAGGUGCAAAUCGAAGGUGCCGUGUAGCUAAAUGGCUAAAUGUUUUACUUUAAAUCUCUCUGGGUUGCAUUCCACACGCCCCCUAAAUCUCUGGCACGGUUUUGGGGAUGGCGCAAAGAGCACUGGGGCAGGGGAGAGGAAACAUCCUUGCAUUAAUGCAAAAAGUCUGAAUACUGUAGCCUGCGUAAUAAAUAUGGUUUACGUGAUUCUGUGUGUGACCCGAGUGGGGAAAGGCUCCCUCCCCAAUUUAAACACCCCGGGGGUGGUGCAUUAUUUCUGCCUUGUGGGAUGCAGUGCGGUUUGUGCAAUGUGCAUAUGCAAAGAAUCGCGGAAUGAGCUGUUUGUGUGCAGUCCUGCCUUUUCUAAGGGGCUUUCAAUUGUGGUGUCAGGCCUUGCUCAUUAGUUAAAGGCCAAUUCAAACGAGAGUCAGGUAUUUUUCUACUUGGGUACAAAAGAUUGCACCUCUUUUAACAAGAAAACAGCUCGGAAUAAAUCCAUGCGCACUUCUUCACCUCUGGGUUUGCAGGGAAGUGAGCUGUACCUAAGCACCAAAAUCUCUCUCUUUGGUGAGAGUGCAGCAGCCGAGGGGUCAGUGAAGCUGCUAGCCGCUGCUGGGAGGAGAGGGAGGUGCCCUUCAGGCCCCUGCAGUCCUCGGCUGGGAAAUGGGGAUGUCUGGAGCCCCUCACUAUCCACAGCACAAGCAAGACCUUGCUUAGGUUCGCUUUGCGCACCACACAUUUCAGUGUCUGGGUUUCUCGUGUGUCAGUUUGCAGUUUGGUUCUGUCAAGUGUUGUUCAAAGCACUAAUAGUUAUGUAUAUUUUUUUGGGGGGGGAUAAAAGCUAUUUAAGAAUAAUAAAAGUUGCUAUUCACUGCACUGAAGUCUUCGUUUCCUUUGUGGGGAAAGGGUCUGUAGAGUUCAG